UUGUGGAGAGCUGUGGGUCCUCAAACAGGGCUGCGCGUUUUGGGGGACCAAUCGGCGCUACAACCGUGGCCUCUGGUUAAAAGGUGGAAAAUUAUACAACUUUUAUUAAUUCAAAGAGGUCAAGGCGUUCCUUUUUUUCGCAAUGUCGCCCCGAAGUGCCCGCAUUUCCAGCUGAAAUUGGACGUAGAGGGUGCACCUUUGCGCAGAGGCUGGUUUAAUGCUGAGAGGCUCCUCUGGGUGCACAAAGGCAGCGGCUCGCAGACCAACUUGUUCAGAGUGAGCCGGGGACGCUGGGAGGCGAAAUAAACAAUCUCCGGACUCGAAGUAGCCACAGCCGCGCAGUUUUACCUCUUCAAAACACACUAUCACACCACCCAUCCAACAAAUACAAGGUUACAGGUGUGUGCUGGUAGUGAACGUGUGGUGCCACAGGCCAGUCUUGGCAGCAUGGUGAAGGCCCAGAAGUCCACUGGGAGGAAGAGCUCUCACUGUCACCGCAGACAGAGCGGUGGUCAGGCGGCGAUGGAGGAAGGCCAGCUCCAGUCAGACACCCAGCCUCCACCACAGGAAGCAACCCCAGAAGGAGACCAGCCUUGUGAUCAAGCCCAACUCCAGACCCUCGCUUCAGCUGAGGCACCGUCGGGGAACUUGGACCCGGAGGAAUCUCCGAUAGACGUCCAAGAAAAGGACGACGCUUCUGCCCAGGCCAAGCCUCUGUGGAAGCCCAUUCCGCCUCUGCUGCCUGAAAACCAAACUGAGACCAGGGACCAGAGCUGCCAGACCGAGGAGCGGCUUCAGCAGACCGGCGCCGGCAGCCAUGGUCAUAACACAGGUUUCUGUGUGGAGCCUGGAGAUCCACCUCUGCUCCAGCAGCCUCUGCAGACCUCCAAGUCUGGGAUUCAGCAGAUAAUUGAAUGCUUCCGUUCAGGCACCAGCCAGCUGAAACACAUGCUGCUGAGGGAAGUGGACACCAUCUUCGAGUGUAAACUGUGCCGCAGUCUAUUCAGAGGUCUGCCCAACCUCAUCACACAUAAAGAGUACUACUGCCUAUCACGGCUGCCUGAACCCGACGGUUCAUCGGGUGAUGACAGACAGAGCGUAGCCAUGAAGGAUUUAUUGGACGCCAUAUAUCCCAGAGUCGACCGGCCAGACUACGUUGUACGACUGGAGCCCAUUCAGACCACUACCAAGGCCGUGUUCCAGUACCUCACCACAGAGGAGGAGCUGGCGAGAUAUCCAUCGCACACACCCAGUGCCAGAGAGAGUCCGGUAGCAUGGGAAGGAGAACCAAUGGAGGGUGUGGACAACAACCAGCCGAGCCAGACGGGAGGGCCAGAGAGCCACAACAGCCCGGGACACAAUCAAGGACAGAGGAGAUGGGAGGCUGAGGAGGAGACUAAAGAGGAGCAGCCACAGCUUGAAGACGAGGGGUCCACUAGUGGGGUCGAGGAUGUUACAAUCUCCUGUUGUCUGUGCGGUCAGGACUUUAACUCUCGCCGCAGCAUCAGACGUCACUGCCGAAAAAUGCACCAGACCAAACUGGAAGAGCUCCGAAAGUUCACAGAGACGCGUACAGUUCCCACAAGCCUGCUCUCUAUGGUGAAAGGACGGCCAAGGACUCUCAGCACACCUACUGGAAAAUCCUGCCCAGUGUGCCUCAAAAGCUUCGCUACUAAAGCCAACGUACGCCGUCAUUUCGACGAGGUGCAUCGCGGUCUACGGAGGGACACCAUCACGCCCAGCAUCGCCUCGCGGCCCGGCCAGCCCUUCUCUCUGGAGGUCACACCCCCCAGGAAGAGCAACAAUUCCUCUCCAACACGUGGCCACAGCUCCAAGUCGACCCCCGUGAACUCUAAAACAACGCCUUCAAACCAAAACCAGCCUAAACCUCAGAGUCCGCUCCCAGCCUCUCCGCAGGCGAACCCGGCCUCGUGUCGCUGCACGCUCUGCAAGAGGAACUACAGCUCUCAGCUCAUGUUGAAGAGACACAUGCGUAUUGUCCACAAAAUAUAUAGCAUCAAAAGUAACAGGCCUGCCACCACGCCCACCUCCUCGACUCCAGCAGCCACUCCUAACAGCAGCAGCGCUACUGUAGUCCAAAGCAACAAUAUCCGCGUGAAAGAGGAAGCAGUUGAACCUUCAGAUGAAGACGAGGAAGAGGACAUCGACAGUAGCCCGGCCCCGUCUCCUAGUGACAGCACCGGGACAACAACUAAAGCUAUUCCGGUGCCACAAAACACCAUGAAGGUGAAGGAAGAGGAGGCCCCGUCGAGCCCAAAGAUGACAUCGUCCUUACCAUCAUCGGCUUCACGUGGGGGCAACACGUGCGGCGGGGGCGUGCCCGCCAAAAUGACCAAACUGUCAGUGGGUUUUGACUUCAAGCAGCUCUUCUGCAAACUGUGCAAGCGACAGUUCAGCUCACGUCAGAACUUAACAAAGCACAUCGAGCUCCACACAGAUGGCAACGACAUCUUCAUUAAGUUCUACCGCUGCCCCCUCUGUCGCUACGAGUCUCGUCGCAAACGUGACGUCCUGCGUCAUGUCACCGUGGUCCACAAGAAGUCCUCCGCAUACCUCGCCAAGAUCAUGCCCAAACUGGAGAGCCGGGCGGUGAAGAGGCUAGCUGAGGUCGUCCUCAACAGCACAAACCCCACCAAGAGGACAGGCAGCAACAUCAAAGAGGAGGUGAACGGACGCCACGCUUCUUCGCCGUCCUCCUCCUCCCCUUCACCUCCUGUCACUCGCAAGCAAGAGUGUUCCACAGCUCCCCCGAGCACCACAUCAGCCUCCUCCUCCUCCUCCUCCUCCUCUAGCUCUGCCCCGCCCCCUGCCCCCAUUACUCGGAAGCAGCAGGAUGUCUCAACGCCGGCGCUCGCUCCUUCCCCUCCCGUCACCCGUAAGCAGGAGAGACAGCAGACCCACCAGCAUCGCUCCAUCAGCCCCCCACUGACCCGCCGCAGUGAAAAACACACACACCAACGCAACUCCUCCUCCACCACCUCGCCCAGCAACCAAACCCCACACACCCGACGGCACGACGCCCAGUCAGAGAGCAGCGCUACGGGGUCGACCUCCACUGAGGUCAGGGUGACCAAGAAUUUCUCCCUCCACGCCUGCGACCAGUGUGGACGGGCCUUUGCCAAGAAGCUGUACCUGGAGUCUCAUAAGCGAAGUCAUCGUAACGCAGCAACGGCAGCGGCCAACAGGAGGAAAGGAGUCAGCACCCGCUCCAAAUCCCUGGCCUGGUGAAACCCACACUUCCGCCGGGGAUAAUGGACGAGUGAACCGCUAACAACGAAGAAACGAAUCAAAACUUUCAACUGGGAAAAAUAAUGGACGGAUGGAAGGAGCACAGAGCAGAGAUGAAGGAACAAACAAAAGGAACAACGGAAAACGAUAGAGGAGUGAAGUACAGAGGAUUUCCACCUUUUGCUUUAGAACCAAAUAUAUUGUUGGAAUCUUUUUGUUGUUGCUGCAUAGUUUCAUUAUGAAGCCAGCCAGCUUGCUGGACGGUGGCGCUGCUAUCGAUGGAGAGACCGUAGUGAAGAGAUUCACUACACCUGUAUAUAUCUGUAUUUACUUACAACAGUAUCUAAAUAUAGAUCCAUAUGCAGCUGACUGAUUCCUACUGCUUUGCUCUCGGUAAACUGCCUUUAGCAAAAGGAUGAAGGUCCACUGUGACAGUGUGUGUGUGUGUGUGUGUGUGUGUGUGUGUGUGAGAGAGAGUGUGAAAGAGGUAGGGAAUCAGAACUGGAUCGUGGCCUCCACAGAAAAUAGACUGGAAACAAAAGCUGAUUUUUCUUUUUUCUCUCUUUUGUUCUCACUUGCCUAAACCCCGCAGUCCCACACAGAUACAGAAAACCUAUUUGAGUCCUUAAAAAUCAGUUUUCCUUUUCUCUGUACCUUUUUAUAAUGUAUACUUGAUUUAUUCAAGACUAUUUGCUCGACAUUACGACAGAUCAACAGAAAAUACAGUUUUUCCCCCUUUCCCUGACGACAGGAGCACUGCUGUGUCCUGCUAUCUGACAGAGAUACGCCGUACCCAAAGUGUUUCCCCCUGUAAGUCUUCUGCUCACCUAAGACUUGAAAAUGAUAUUAUUUCCAUGUAAAUGUUGUUACUGAGAAGCAAACAGAUGACAGAUCAGAAUUCCAGCUGUAAUAUUCUUCAUGAAAGCAGCCCAUAGUCGGAUUUGGUAACGUGUGGUAACAGCAGCUCGAGUCUUGUUUUAGAAGAUGAAAUGCUCAUUAAUUACAUGUAUGGUCAAAGUAAGGGAAACUAAACGUUUUGCAGUUUUUCUUUAAAAUUGUGUGUGCGCUUAUUUUUUUAAAACCUCCUCUUAUAAAUGUAUAGUUAUUUUCUGCCUUUUGUUGUUGAACUACAUGUGAGAAACUUUUGUGAAGGGUUUCCGUUACUUUGACCGUACCCUAUUUUACCUCCAUAUAUUAGUCACUUUAUUAGUCCCAAUAAUGGUUCUCUUCUAACUGGGUUACGUGAAGCAUGGGUUCAAUAAGACAUCAGUUUGUGACACAAGACUUAAGGAGGGAGUUUUGUUUUCAGCUCAACAAAGAAACGCACAGAUAAAAACACAGAAACAUACAGACCCGAGGGAGUAAGGUUCUGAAACGAGGCAACCAUUUAGGUUCAGAUGUCACAACAGUGCCCUUAAGUGGCACUAAUUAUGACGAUAUGAAACAAUACAAGGUGAUACAAUGAUCAUUUAAGAAUUUAUGCUUAAUAGAUAUUAAAUCACAUUGGAAUCAAUUUUCUUCCAAAUAUGGAUUAUUUCUGAAUUUAACAGCUGGGACUGUUAAUGCUAAGGUGUGCUACCACGGGCAAAACUAUUAAAUUAACACCAACCAUCACCCCCUACAUGGUAAAUCACUGUUAAUGUGUGAGAAUCCAAUCAACAGUGAGCAGGAAAAAUAGUUCUUCAUCGACUAAUAACACGUUUUACUGUCAACUAAUGUGUGUUUGAAUGCACAGCCAUACUGCUUAACAUAUUAGAAACCAUUAACUGGAAGACUUUUUCUAUAUGUUCUGACACUAAGAAAAAAAAAAAUCACAGUGUUACUCCACUGCAACAUCCCAUUUAUUGCUUUAACCCUUUUGGCCACAUUAGAAUCAGUCCUCAAACCCAGAGUGGGUGAGUAGACAUUUCUCAGCUAUAGUGCCUAAGCAGCAGGUGUAACAGGUUUGAAUUGACAACCAGCUGUUUGGGAAUCUACCGUUUGUGGUGCUAAUCCUGAUUAUAACGGGCCAAAAUGUGAACGCUGUAAACAUGAGAGAGACGAAAAGCAACAAGCUCUGGUAAGCUAAACAGUUCAAUUCUCCAAGUUUAAAAGUUUAUCUUAAACUUUUAGUUCCAUUAACAAACAAACAGAAAAAAAGAUGCUGGGGCUCAUUCAAAUAAACCUUGUGAACUUUUUUCUUUUCAACCUUAACUGCUGCAUCAGUUUCAUUUAAAAUGUGCUUUCAUGUACUCAGUUAAAGGGUGGGAGGGCUGCAUUUGCUUUAAUGACAGCAACGGCACCCAGAGGUAGUCUUUGAAACACUGGCACAUGAGUUGGGAGCGAAGGAUUGAGGACGACCAAAUGUAGAUAUGUCUUAAUGUUCAAACAGAAAGCCAUGAAAUGGAACAAAACGAGAAAAAAGGAAAGACCAAACUUUAUUUUUAUAACUGAAAAAUGCUACUGCAACAAGGUCUUGAAAACAUGUAUAUACGGAUUCAUCCUACACGGAUGGUAUAAAUAAUAGUUAUAAUAGUCACAAUAGUUAUUGACUUGUACCUAACUGUUGGUUGACCAUAUGCUUCAAUGUCUGACUAGUUACUACGCUGUCACUGAGGCAAGUUUGCAUUGUUCCACAAUUAGUUGUCUUUGGGUUUUUUUGCAUCUCAUUCCUUUUUAAAGGAGGUUUUUGUUGGACUGUGACAAGAAGAGAACAGGAAUCAAUCCUCAAGAGACUCUUAGACUCCUUUUUUUUUUAAUCUUGUCAUCUCUUUCAUCAUCAGUUGUAAUAUGUUAUUAAGCUCACCUUCUAGAGAAUCUGAGAAGAGUUAGUGAAGCAUUUCAGAUGUGACAAGAAUGUUAAAACCAACCACUUAAUAAAUAAAAAUGUACUGCUUCAAACCUCA